AUGUCCCAGUGUUGGUCUCUGUUCCCGUGGACCUCGUCCGCUCGGCUUGCUGGGGGCAGGACAGGGCUGCACGAGGCCCGCAGUCUGCGGGCGCCCUCCUGGAGGGGCCGGUCACUUGGUUUCGGCCCUGGGGGCAGAGCGCACCUGGGUCAGCCCACUUCCGGGGAGGGAGGCCGAGGAGCCCCUCCCCGCCGCCCACCCCGAACCCGGCCGGGGCUCCCACCCUGUGUACCUGGGCCGAUCCAUUCCCAGGGGCGCGCCGGGGGUGGAGCGGCUCGGAGACGCGCCGUGGGUCUACCCAGUUUCUCCCCGAAAGCUGAAGGCGUCCGCUUCAUCCACGUUAUUUUUGUUGGUCGAACUCCUCGAGCGCGGCGGGAGAGACUUGGAAUAGAGACAAGGAGCGGAAGUGGAAAGGGGAGGAGCGCGCACCCCUCCCGGCCUCGGUGCUCGCCGCGCCCCCUACCCUCCCGGUACUUGGGAGGGGACGCGCGGGGCCGACGCGCCCAGACGGCCGCGAUGGCGCGGGUGGCCUGUCGGCAUUCCUGGGCGCCCUGCAACCACYGGGUCGCGGUGAGCUUCUUGUGGCUCUUUUUCGGUACCUGGUGCACAGCCCCUGCCAGUGGCAUCCAGGUGACUGUGUCUGACCCCUACCACGUAGUGAUACUGUUCCAGCCUGUGACCCUGCCCUGCACCUAUCAGAUGAGCUCGACCCUCCCAGAGCCCAUCGUAAUCUGGAAGUACAAGUCCUUUUGCCGGGACCGCAUUGCUGAUGCCUUCUCCCCAGCCAGUGUGGACAACCAGAUCAAUGCCCAGUUGGCAGCAGGCAAUCCCGGCUACAAUCCCUACGUGGAGUGCCAGGACAGUGUGCGCACAGUCAGGGUUGUGGCCACCAAGCAGGGCAAUGCUGUGACCCUGGGAGACUACUACCAAGGCCGGAGGAUCACCAUCACAGGAAAUGCUGACCUCACCUUUGAGCAGACGUCUUGGGGGGACAGUGGUGUGUAUUAUUGCUCCGUGGUGUCGGCCCAGGAUCUCCAGGGGAACAACGAGGCCUAUGCAGAGCUCAUCGUCCUUGGCAGGACCUCGGGGGUGACUGAACUCUUACCUGAUUUUCAGGCGGGGCCCAUGGAAGACUGGCUCUUCGUGGUCGUGGUGUGCCUGGCUGCCUUCCUUGUCUUUCUCCUCCUGGGCAUUUGCUGGUGUCAGUGCUGCCCACAUACCUGCUGCUGUUACGUCAGGUGCCCCUGCUGCCCGGAGAAGUGCUGCUGCCCCGAGGCCCUGUAUGCAGCUGGCAAAGCAGCCACAUCAGGCGUCCCAAGCAUCUACGCYCCAAGCACCUACGCCCACCUCUCCCCGACCAAGACCCCACCUCCACCACCAGCCAUGAUUCCCAUGGGCCCUGUCUACAAUGGAUACCCUGGAGGGUACGCUGGAGACUUUGACAGGAAUAGUUCAGUUGGYCACAGCUCCCAGGUACCCCUGCUUCGGGACACAGACAGCAACACGACCUCUGAAGUCCGCAGUGGGUACAGGAUCCAGGCCAGCCAGCAGGAUGACUCCAUGAGAGUCCUGUACUACAUGGAGAAAGAGCUGGCCAACUUCGACCCCUCUCGACCUGGACCUGGCCCCCCCAAUGGUCGUGUAGAACGGGCUAUGAGUGAAGUCACCUCCCUCCACGAAGACGACUGGAGAUCCCGGCCUUCCCGGGGUCCUGCCCUCACCCCAAUCCGGGAUGAGGAGUGGGGCCGCCACUCCCCCCGGAGUCCCAGGAGAUGGGAGCAGGAGCCCCCCACAGAGCGGCCAGGGGGUGGCUGGGGGGGCAGGCGGCCCCGGGCACACUCCGUGGAUGCUCUGGAUGAUCUAACCCGGCCGGGUUCUGCUGAAUCUGGGAGGAGGUCUCCCCCAAGUAGUGGGAGGAGAGGACGUGCCUAUGCACCCCCACGAAGCCGUAGCCGUGAUGACCUCUAUGACCCAGAUGACUCGAGGGACUUUCCACAUUCGCGGGAUCCUCACUACUACGAUGACUUCAGAUCUAGGGACCGCCCUCAGGUGGACCCCAGAUCCCGCCAGCACCGAUCCMGAGACUCCCGGGAUGAAGGCUCUAGGUCGGGGGACCCGCAUUAUGAUGGGCGUCUACUAGAAGAGGCCUUAAGGAAAAAGGGGCCAGGGGAGAGGAGGAAACAUUACAGGGAGGAAGAGGAAGAAGAGGAGGCCUACUACCCUCCACCGCCUCCCCCGUACUCCGAGACGGACUCCCAGGCCUCACGGGAGCGGAGGCUAAAGAAGAACUUGGCCCUGAGUCGGGAAAGUUUAGUCGUCUGACCUCAUGUUUUGUAUGUAGUUUUUGUACUUUUUUUUUUUUUUUUUUAAUUUGAGGGAGUAUUGAUGAAGAUCUUCUUGUAAAUCUAAUAAAAUUGAUAAUCAUAAAAGUGAUGUCUUGAGAAACAUUUGUUCUGCUGCACGAGGUGGGGGACCUGGGCAGCUACCGUGUGUCUGAAAAUGCCAUGUCCCAUUUCUCCGGGAGCUGGAGUCCUGGGUCAGAAGGAAGGGACCCAAGUCAGCCUUCUGCCUUCUACCUCUGCCCUGGCCAGGAGUACGUGCCCCACGCCGCCUCCGCCCGGCCCCUGCGUGCGCGCCGCGGCCCCGCCCAGACGUGCGCAUGCGCCUCGCGCCUCCGCCUUCUCAGAAGCCGGGAGCGCGCGCGCGCGCCCC